AUGUCUGUGCUGCUCUUAGCUCUGUCGAACCCCUGCUCAAAUUCAUCACCACACCACAUGGAUGGAAGGUGCCCGCUGAGGGGAUUUGGAGGAAGCACACACUCCAGGUUUGCGACAAGACUCAGAACGAGGAAGGGACCACUGCAGGGCAAGGCAGGAAAGGGCGAGCGGAUGCCACCUGCAAGACAACACCAUACAGGUGCCUUAUGGCAACCCAUCUGCUAUCGGGCCUUAACGGGGGCACCUAAUCGCAUCUUAGUCAUGUCCCGUCGCCAGGGAGCCCCUCACUUAUUACACGAGAAUUUGAACCGUCACCGCGGGAGCCGAGAUAUCUCUGCAGCCGUUCUGCCCGAUGCGAGGCGAUGUAAACCCAAAUUCGAGGGCGCGGCUGCCGUCUUGUUCGUGUGUGUAAGAGUGUGCGAGCAAAAUGUGUCAAUUCCAAGUCAGCAGGCGUUGUUUCUGUGGUCCUUCUUGAGAUCCAUGUACGUACAUACCUGCCUUGAGGUACCAUACCUACCAUACCAACCUACCUAG